GUUUCAACUUUUUAUUUUUCUCUUUCAUCCCUUGCUUUUUUCCACUGUUAGUACGUUUCUCUCUCUUUUAUCAUUUUCGCAUACCAGAAUGUCCACUACUGUCUUACUACAGCACCAUCUAAGUGCCACGAUAGAACCACUACAGUCGCAUUUUCUUUAUGAUCACCACGACCCACAAACAUCCACCUUAUCUUCUACGCAUCUACUGCAGCCGCCAUUCAUACCAGCUACCACUAUCUCCUCCACUCGUUAUAAAUCAGGGGCUGAGCUAGCUUCUGUAUGCGUAUCUGUUGUUAGACUGCUGCUGUGUGGAGGAAAUUUAGCGUCAUGGACUGCGGAUAGAGUAAGCAAUUUCACAUUGUUUUGUAAUCGCUUGCUCAUCCAGCUUGACAUAUCUGCGCCCGUGGUAUGCACAAGCUUAAAGUAUCUUCAACGUAUCUUGGCAAAUAGUAUCAACGAGUAUCAUAUUAUUGAUUUAUCUGAUAUGGCACAUGAAUACUCAUUGUUCACUGUGUCACUUUUAUUGGCGUACAAAUUUCUCGAAGAUAAUCCACCAUAUAUGAAACAAUGGGCUUAUAUCUCUAUGAUACCACUCAAAGAAUUGACCUUGCUCGAAUCAAAACUAUUCGAAAAGUUGGAUUAUUCUUUAAAUAUCUCGAAUGAAACUCUGAAUGACUGGGUUGAACAAUGCAAUAUGUUACAUUCGGCUUCUUCUUCUGCAACGACAACUAAUAAUAAUCAUCAUCUUACGGCUUCUGAAACCACGCCGACGGGCGUAAAUAGUUUAGAUCAAUUAAAUCAAUUAUUUGAUCUACAUAGGACAAGCUCACUUCUUGGAUUCCCUAUUUUGUUACCCGUUCUAUUGUUGGAAACUGUUUAUACACACCCCAUCACAACGGUAGAUCAACAAACAUUCUGUAAUCUCGAUUUCUUGUUACCACAGCAACCAUUACUGCUGCAACAACUGCAACAACAACAACAACAACAACAACAACAGCAACAACAAUUACUACACCUACUACUAUUACAACAACAACAACAACAACAACAACAACAACAACAACAGCAACCACUACAACAGCCACUCCAACACUAUUCAUAUCCCUACUUAUACCCUCCUCAGGAUUAUUACCACUACCACCACCGCCACCACCAACAACAACAACAACAAGAACAACCACACUAUAUUGUAUAAUAACCCCAAUGUCUUUUUGGUUCUGUUUUUGGUUUCUCCAUGGCCUACUCCUUUUCACAUUUUCCUUUUGUCUAUCCCGUCACACAUACACACACAUACCAUUCGGAACAAACCACACGUAUACAUUUUGUAAUAUAGAUCACCCUAUGGAUUUCCGGGCCUGCUUU